UAAAUAGGAAAUAACCAAAAUACAUAGCAAUCUAAAAAAUAACAUUGAUACCAAAAAAAGGCAAAAGUUUACAUAUUAUAACCAAACCAGUAAAUAGAGGACAUGUGUCAAGUUUGUAACAAACAAAAUCCUUCCUCCGUGUGACACAAAACGCGUGACAUUCUAUAAGAGCAGACCAAUUAAUUUGCUCCACGUCAGCUUGCUAUGUGAGCUAAUCACCUACAACACAAAACACAGUAAAUUAAAAGAGAGAAAAUAGGCAAAUUUUAAGUUUCCUUCUUCUACAUCAUCACCAGAUUCUAUAGAUUCAUUAUUAUACGAUUUCCUUCAUCUGAAUUCAAAAUUCUAUAGUAAAACCAUCUCUGAAACAUCGCAGACACAUUCUCAUUGUUGAAGAUUCAUCUGAAGAACACAAGAAACAUCAUUAAUACAUUCUGUAUUCAAAUUCUUUGUUAAAAGCAUCUGAGAAAAAUCUUUGAUACUUAUAAUUCCUCUUGUUGAAGAUUCAUCUGAAGAACACAGGAAACAUCACAGAUACAUUGUCUACAGGAAGAGAUGGAAUCUGUUCUAGUUAUGAUACAACACAGUGGAAAAUGGGUAGAGGCAAAUAGAUAUGAAGAAUUUGAAGUUAUUGGAGUCAUGAUUCCACAAGAUUUAACAUAUUUGAAUCUUGUGAAUCUAAUAUCAGAAGAGCUGAGAUUGAAUUUAGUAUAUCAAAAAAUUGAGAUAAGGUAUCAAGUCAAAACUGAGUAUCCACCUCUAAAGAUCAUUGAUGAUUCAAGCUUCAAGUUCUACUUGGAAAUCAAGAAAAAACAAACUGAUUUCACUAUGUAUCCUCUUUGCAUAAUAGUGCAUGAUGAUACACCACAGAUACAUUUACAGCAGCAAACUACAAGUAGCAUUUCAACAGGUUCAUAUUCAGCCUGCAACAAGAAUCUAUAUUCAAAUGAGAUAGAUUGGGAUACGUAUCGGAUACAUUCCGAAAACAAUCCUGAUACAUUAUUUGAAAAGGAACAGUAUAGCAAACUUCUUUUGAAAGACACCAUUGAAACAAUCAACAAUAUAGAAAAGGAAAAGGAAACAGAGGAGAGGGUUCAACAAACAAUAAAUGUGCCAAUAGAAGAUAUAGAAUUCAAAACAGGUCAGUCUUUCAAAGACAAAUCAGUUUUACAAACAUGUUUGCAAUUUCAUGCUAUCAAACAUCACUAUCAUCAAAGGGUUCUCAGAUCAUGUCCAAGAAGUAUUUUGGUUAAAUGUAUCGAUAGUGAAUGUGAUUGGUAUCUGAAAGCAUCAACUAAUGGAGAAGCAUGCCAAUUCAUCAUUCGGAAACAAAAUAUGAACCACACAUGUGCAAUAGAUACAAGAUUCAGUAUUCAAAGGCAAGCUUCCUCAUCACACAUUGCUAAAUCGAUCAAAAUGAGGUAUCUGAAUGUCAAAACAACCUAUACUCCAAUAGACAUAAAGAAUGACAUGGAAGCUUUAAAAGGAAUCAAAAUAAAUUAUAUGCUAGCAUGGAGAGCAAAAGAGAAAGCAUUAGAAAUGAUAAGAGGAAACCCGGCUGAUUCUUACAAAUUGCUGCCUGCUUUUCUCUAUAAACUUCUUACUACGAAUCCCGGGUCUGCUGUAGACAUUCAGGUGAGAGAAAACAACUCAUUUUUGUAUGCUUUUACUGCAUUAAAAGCUUCUAUUAUAGGUUGGCAGCACUGUAAACCUAUAAUUGUUGUUGAUGGGACGUUUUUAAAAGCGGCGUUUGGUGGAACACUACUUGUUGCAACAUCACAAGAUGCAGCCGGAAAACUAUUCCCUCUUGCUUUUUGUGUAGUCGAUUCAGAAAAUGACUUAUCAUGGGAAUAUUUCAUCACCCAACUCAGGGAAGCUUUUGGCACAAGAGAAGGUAUCUGCAUUGUAUCUGACAGACAUAUCAGCAUUGAUUCAGCAGUCAAGAAAAUUUAUCCUGAAGCAACACAUGGAAUAUGUAUGUUUCACCUUUUAAAUAACAUCAAGACUCAUUUCAAGAGGAAUGCAAAGAAAAUUAAAGAUCCAUUCUUUGCAGCAGCGAGAGCAUAUACAGAAUCUGAAUUUGAUUAUCACAUGAAAGAGUUAGAUAAGCUAGAUGAAAGAAUUAAGCCGUAUCUUCAAGGUAUCGGUUACAAAAGAUGGUCAAGACAUCAUUCCUACACCAACAGAUUCAAAACAAUGACGUCUAACUUGGCUGAGUCAUUAAAUGCAGCAAUACUACAUGCAAGAGAGCUGCCUGUUACAACUCUCCUUAUGCACCUACAUGACCUCCAACAAGAGUAUUCAUAUACGCAUAGAAACAUCGCUAUGCAAACACGCACAACACUGACACCAGUUUAUGAAAAAAUACUUUCAUAUAAUUAUACAAAUUCACUAAAGCUACAGGUAAAACCCUCUACAAAUGAACUGAUCACAGUGAAGGAUAAUGGAAGGAAACAUACAGUUGACAUGAAAGAGAGAACAUGCACAUGCAACAAGUUUGAAAUUGAUGAAAUACCUUGCCAACAUGCUUUAGCAAUUCUAAAUGAAAUGCACCAAGAGCCUUAUAAGUAUUGUUCAAAAUACUAUACAACAGCCAGUAUGCUAGCAACAUACAGUGAAACUGUAUUUCCAAUUGAAAAGGAAGAUGAGUGGAAGAUACCACAAGAAGUAAAGGACAUGAUCGUCUUUCCACCACAACAUAUGACAAGAACCGGAAGACCAAAAAAGAGAAGAUACAAGAGUGUUACGGAAAAAUCAAAGAAUGCCAAUUGUGGAAAGUGCGGACAAGCUGGUCACAAUAAGAAAACAUGUAGAAACAUGCCAAAAGCUAGUCACAAGAAGAAAACAUGCAGAAACAUAAUAAAUACAACUCUACAACUAUAA